AUGCCGAGUGUUUCACGCAUAGCGACUGCUGUUCUAGCAGCCGCUGCUACAAUUCGAACAUGUCUCGCCCAGGAUCCUGUCUCAUAUACCGACCCCGAUUCGAAGAUAGAAUUCGGAACAUGGCAACAGGGGGAUAUGACUAUCGGCUUGUCGCUCCCCAGUGAUGCUUUGACGACCGACGCGACAGAGUUUGUUGGCUAUCUUAAAUGUUCAACGGGCUGGUGCGGUCUCUCUCUCGGACAAUCUGGGCAAAUGACUCAGGCGCUUCUGUUGGUUGCCUGGGUCAACGGAGAUGAGGUCUUAACAUCUUUCCGUUUCGCGACAGGAUAUAACUUCCCUGAAGAGUACAAGGGCUCAGCCAACCUAACACAAAUCUCAUCAAAGGUUACUGACACUGGCUUUGAGCUCAUAUACCGAUGCCAAGACUGUUUCUCUUGGGAUCAUGACGGAGCAACAGGAGGUGUUUCAACAAGUUCAGGGUUUCUCGUUCUUGGACGUGCUUCUGCAAAGUCGGUGCCAUCUAACCCUUCAUGCCCUUCUAAGAUCGCCUACGGACAACACGACACUUUUGGUCAAUUUGGAGCACCCUUAGCAACAACCGUGAAAGACUCAUAUGCUGCAUGGGCUAGGUUGGCAACGAAGGUAGUCCCUGGGGAUUGCGGUACAACGGACCCUGGUAGUCCGACUCCUGAUCCAGUUGCAACUUGCCACCCAGAGAUGGCUAAUCAAACAUUCGAUUAUAUCAUUGUUGGUGGUGGUGCUGGCGGUAUUCCAGUGGCCGAUCGCCUCAGUGAAAAGGGCCACAGCGUGCUACUUCUCGAGAAAGGCCCUCCAUCGCUGGGUAUGUGGGGUGGCAAUAUGAAGCCACUUUGGCUGGAGAAGACAGAUCUUACUCGAUUCGAUGUUCCUGGCUUGUGUAACCAAAUCUGGGUCGACUCAGCAGGCGUGGCGUGCAAAGACACAGAUCAAAUGGCUGGUUGCGUUCUUGGAGGUGGCACUGCUGUGAACGCUGGGCUAUGGUGGAAGGCCAACCCGAAGGAUUGGGAUGAAAAUUUUCCCGCAGGAUGGCACGAUGCGGAUCUUAAAGCUGCAACACAAAAGGUCUUCCAACGUAUUCCUGGAACGACUAAACCAUCGAUGGACAGCAAAGUAUAUUUCGCACAGGGCGUAAAUCUUCUCAGUGCAGCAUUGAAGCAAGGUGGUUGGACCGGAGUCGACAUCCCGAACAACUCUCCUGGCGCUAAAAACCACACAUAUAGUCCAACGACGUACAUGUUCGCCGGAGGCGAGCGAUCAGGACCGAUGGCUACCUAUCUCAAGACGGCUGCUGCAAGAGACAACUUCCAGUUGUGGAUGAACACCCCAGCUCGCCGCGCACUCCGAACUAGUGGAACGGUAACUGGUGUUGAGCUCGACUGCACAGUCGCAAAUGGUCAAUAUGGCACAGUCUCCGUUACACCUAAGACUGGGCGUGUGAUCGUAUCUGCCGGAACUUUCGGCUCAGCCAAGUUUUUGAUGCGAAGUGGAAUCGGCCCACAAGACCAAUUAGAAAUCGUCAAAUCUUCGAAAGACGGUCCCAAUAUGAUUGCAAAAGAUUCUUGGAUUAACCUACCAGUUGGCUAUAACUUGGUUGACCAUGUCAAUACCGAUACCUUUAUCACCCACCCCGACGUUAUCUUCUACGAUUUCUACGAAGCUUGGACCAAGCCGAUUCCUUCGGAUCGAUCAGCGUACCUUCAAAAACGGACCGGUAUCCUUGCGCAAUCCGCACCGAACAUCGGACCAGUAUUCUGGGAAGAGGUUACUGGACCAGAUGGCAAAGUGCGCCAGUUCCAAUGGACGGCGCGUAUUGAAGGAGCCGACCAAACGGGCAGCAAUAGUACUAUGAUCAUGAGCCAGUACCUCGGCCGCGGUUCUACCUCGCGCGGACGCAUGACCAUUCGGCAGGGACUAGAUACCUUCGUUUCAGACCCGCCAUACCUCAAGGACGAAAACGACAAGCUUGCCAUCAUCACGAGCAUCGAUAACCUCCGUAAGGGGCUAUCGAAAUAUCCCAACCUUAAAUUCGCAUUCCCGCCCAUGAACCAGACCGUGAAGGAUUACGUUGAUGGGAUUGUGGUGAGCGCUGCCAAGCGCCGAGCAAACCACUGGCUAGGCACGAAUAAGAUGGGUCUGGAUGACGGGCGAAAAGCAAACGGUACAGCUGUCGUGGAUCUAAACACCAAGGUAUACGGCACGGACAACCUCUUCGUCGUCGACGGGUCGAUAUUCCCAGGCAUGGUUACAGCGAACCCCUCCGCAAUGAUCGUAACGGCAUCAGAGAAUGCUGCUGCGAGAAUUCUAGCGCUGAAGAAGGGGCCAAGGCCCAGGCCUGUGCACCACAGGAAAGGGGCUGUCAUCUUAACGCUAUGAUCUUGCCACCUUCGAUCAAAUUUAGCCUCACAUCGAUCCCUGCCUUCCCAAUCAUAACGUUCUUACAUGGCAACGGGGUAUUCUGGUAUAAUGUACAUAGUGACGUCGUUAUGACAAAACA